UGCAGUUGCAUAAUGGCAGAAGCUACCGUCUCUCCACUGAAGCAUUUCGUGCUGGCUAAAAAGACCAUCACAGCCAUCUUCGACCAGCUGCUGGACUAUGUCACCGAGGGAGCAACUUUUGUGGAAGCAACAUACAGGAACCCAGAGCUUGAACAUGUAGCGACAGAAGAUGAACUAGCAAAAAUUCAGGCAUAUAAAAAUAAGUUAGCAGUCAUCGGUGAGGUGCUUGCACGGAGACACAUGAAAGUGGCGUUUUUUGGCAGAACGAGCAGCGGGAAGAGUUCGGUCAUUAAUGCCAUGCUGUGGGAUAAGGUGCUUCCCAGUGGGAUUGGCCAUACAACUAACUGCUUUCUCAGCGUGGAAGGGACGGAUGGAGAUAAGGCUUAUCUUAUGACAGAAGGAUCAGAUGAAAAGAAGAGUGUCAAGACUGUCAAUCAGCUUGCUCAUGCACUUCACAUGGAUAAAGAUUUGAAAGCUGGGUGUCUGGUCCAUGUCUUUUGGCCAAAGUCAAAAUGUGCCCUGCUGCGAGAUGAUUUGGUUUUAGUGGACAGCCCUGGCACAGAUGUCACUACAGAACUGGACAGCUGGAUUGACAAAUUCUGCUUAGAUGCUGACGUGUUUGUCCUGGUGGCCAAUUCUGAAUCAACUCUCAUGAACACGGAGAAACACUUUUUCCAUAAAGUGAAUGAACGACUUUCCAAGCCAAACAUCUUCAUCUUGAAUAAUAGAUGGGAUGCCUCUGCGUCAGAACCAGAGUAUAUGGAAGAUGUGCGUCGGCAGCACAUGGAGCGCUGCCUGACUUUUCUGGUUGAUGAGCUCAAAGUGAUUGAUGCUGUAGAAGCAAGGAAUCGUAUCUUUUUUGUUUCAGCAAAAGAAGUUCUGAGUGCCAGGAGGCAGAAGGCUCAAGGAAUGCCAGAGGGUGGUGGAGCGCUUGCUGAAGGAUUUCAAACAAGGUUGCAGGAAUUUCAGCAUUUUGAGCAGAUAUUUGAGGAGUGUAUCUCGCAGUCAGCCGUGAAAACCAAGUUUGAGCAGCACACUGUCAGAGCUAAACAGAUCAUAGACACUGUGAAAGACAUUAUGGACGCCAUAAACGUAGCAGCAGCAGAGAAAAGAGUCCUUUCAAUGGAACAGAGAGAAGAUCAGAAGGAUAGAUUGGACUUUGUUCGAAAUCAGCUGAACAUUUUGACAGAAGAUACUAAAGAAAAAAUCAAACGCGUUACUGAGGAAGUAGAAAAUAAAGUCUCCUCUGCCAUGACUGACGAGAUUUGCCGACUUUCCGUUUUAGUUGAUGAAUUUUACUCAGAUUUUCACCCAUCUCCUCAAGUAUUGAAGCUCUAUAAGGCAGAACUGAACAAACAUAUUGAAGAUGGUUUGGGAAAGAACCUGGCUGAUCGUUGCUCCAGUGAAGUCAAUCAGUCAAUGCAUCAGUCGCAGCAGGACAUGAUUGAAAAUCUGAAACCAUUGUUGCCUUCUGGUGCUCAGAAUCAGCUCCACUUACUAAUUCCAUGCAGGAGGUUUGACCUUAGCUAUGACCUAAACUGUCACAGUCUGUGUGCAGAUUUUCAGGAGGACAUCAUGUUCCACUUUUCCUUGGGAUGGACUUCCCUUGUGAACCGUUUCUUGGGUCCUAAACAAGCUCAGAAAGUACUGUCAGGACUAGUAGAUCCAAACAUACAAAUCCCUCGUCCUUUAGCUGCCACCCCAUCUGCUGCCAGCCUUCCUGCCGUAACUCCCGAGAACGUGUCGCACGAUGAUUUUAUGGUUCCUUUGGUCAUGAGUUUAGCUUCCCUGACAUCGCGGACCUCUAUGAGCAUCAUCGUUGUUGGCGGAGUGAUUUGGAGAACAGUAGGCUGGAAACUCAUCUCUGUCUCCCUAAGUAUGUACGGGCUGUUAUAUCUUUAUGAAAGACUAACCUGGACCACUAAAGCCAAGGAGAGAGCCUUUAAACAGCAGUUUGUCAACUAUGCUACUGAAAAGCUGCAGAUGAUUGUCAGUCUUACAAGCGCUAAUUGCAGCCAUCAGGUGCAACAGGAAAUGGCCACAACAUUUGCUCGGCUCUGCCAGCAAGUGGAUAUUACCCAGAAGAACCUGGAGACAGAAAUUGCCAGGCUUUCCAAAGAAAUAGACCAGCUGGAGAGCAUACAGAGCAGCUCCAAGCAGCUAAGAAAUAAAGCCAUUCAGCUUGAGAAUGAACUAGAUCGCUUUACAAAACAUUUUCUUCAAAAGAAUAAAUAAAACAUCAUUGCUAACUUUCCCAGUGAUCCUUUGUAGGACAAAGCAGAAAUUUUACAGAUGACACUUCUCCUCUGUGGAGUCACAUGAAAUUAUUUGUAUUUUAAAUGUUUCUUUGAUUACACUUGUGAAUUAUUGUAAAACUUGGGAUUCUGAUGGUGAACCAAGCUGCAGAGCGGUGGUACAGAGUGGUACUCUGAACUUUGUUUGUUUGACAGAUUUGGGGUUAAAAAUUACCUUUAAACACUAUAUUUCUUUGGGCGUUUGACAAUAAAAACCCAAAAUCCUUAACGGUUUUCAUUAGUAUUUAGCAGUGGCAAGUCUCACUUCCUGGCAUCCAGGAGUUUAUGCAGGGAGAGAGCUUAUCCCAGUGAUCAGUCUCCUGUUUUCAGUGGUUUAGGAAUGAGCCAGGGGUGGAGGAUGCUGCUGCUUUUUCAUGUGUGUGUGGUUUUGUUUAAUGAAGUGUGAACUCUUGCAUGGGGAAAGGAUUCCUGACCUGUUUUAAAGCAGGUGAAAUUGUGCUGGGCAGCAGCUCCUUGUCUUCAAAUGGAAGCACAAGUCGAUGGUAAACUGCAGCACACUCGCUAUUGGAAGGCAGUAGUCUCUAGUUUCCCCUCUGGCUACCACAUUUAGACAAGGUGGAGUUAGACUCAGCAAAACCAA